CCGCUUGAUUACCUCCUUGUACUAAUAUGCUCUCCAAGGAGCAAAUGGGUUCUGCUAACACACAGUCAUCAGACAAGCGCCUCCCCUCCUCCAACGUUAUUUAGGCCGCAUGUUUCUGGCCCCUACGACAUUUGCAUUGGACCUGACCAGCAGUAAUCCAUUGUUAGGUACAAGGACUGGGCGCCACAUACGAAUCACCCACUUUAGACUAUCCCGUAUCCUACCCGACCCUUGAGGCUGAGGGUAAAAUCUCCUAAUACACUAGCUCUUGAAUCAGCAUUUGUCCCUCCGUCAAUAUUUAUUCAAUUUUCUUACUCGCUACAAGGUAGAAGAGAAUUAUGGUGGCAUUCUCGGAUAUUGGCGGCUCUCGGAAGAGCUCCAAGAAACUUAUCAACCUCCUGCGCGGCUGGCCCAAUACUUCGCUACUGCCCACUCACCUGAUUGAGAAGGCAUCUCACAAUGCUUUGUCGAACAAGGAAAUUGCGUUCCCGGGGAUGCUGUACGGUCCUGAUCCGGGAGAUCCGCGCUUACGCAAAAACGUCGCGUCCUGGCUAACCAACUUCUAUCAGCCCCUGGCGCCAAUACCUCCAGAGCGAAUUACUAUUACGGGGGGUGCCUCUCAGAAUCUAGCAUGCCUUCUCCAAGUCUUCACGGAUCCAAUUUAUACGCGUAAUGUAUGGAUAGUCUCGCCGGCUUAUAUGCUAGCUUUCCGCAUUUUCGACGACAGCGGAUUCCAUCAGAAGCUCCGUGCAGUGCCCGAAGACGAAGAAGGUAUUAAUAUUGAAUUUCUAAAGAAAGAAAUUAGGAAGAGCGAGGACAAGGCGAGUGCCGAUGGGAACAAUGCGCCGCAUGUUAAACCACAACGUGCUUGGGGGAAAAUAUACCGACAUGUCAUCUAUGCGGUCCCAACUUUCUCCAACCCGUCGUUCAAGACGAUGACUUUAAGGCGGAGGCAGGAGCUGGUAAAAGUUGCGAGGGAAUACGAUGCUCUCAUCAUCACAGAUGAUGUGUACGACUUCCUACAGUGGACGUCAAGUCUCAGUGCACAGACACAGUCUCUGGACAAGGCUGUAUUGCCUCGGAUAGUCGAUGUCGACAGGUAUCUCAACGGCGGCGCCGAAAGAGAAGGCGCUGAUGGCUUUGGCAAUGCUGCCUCCAACGGAUCAUUCUCGAAGAUAUGUGGUCCGGGACUGAGGACUGGAUGGGUCGAAGGUACUGAAAAACUAGCGUAUGGGGUGUCACAAACAGGAACAAGCCGGUCUGGCGGUUCUCCCUCCCAGCUGACUGCCACCUUCGUGGCCGAGACAUUGGAAUCCGGUGAACUCCAGCGCUACGUGUACGAAACACUCCAGCCAGCGUAUGGGGCACGCUAUCGCAAAAUGAUUACCGCCAUCAACAAAGAGCUGAUUCCGUUGGGUUGUACAGUCCCCCAAACAGAUCGAGAUGUGGUCGGUGGAUAUUUCAUUUGGCUAACACUUCCGCAUCCGCUCAAAGGCGCUGUAGUAGCGCAACGUGCGAAAGACGAGGAGAAUCUCAUCGUUGCUCAAGGAGAAAUUUUCGAGGUUCCCGGAGAUACCGAUCAUGCUCAUUUCGAAUAUGACUUGAGAAUGUGCUUCGCAUGGGAAGACAUCGAGCUUCUCGGUGAGGGCAUCGAACGACUUGCAUGUGUCAUUCGUUCUCUUCAAAAUGACCAAAAGGAAAAUAAUUCAACGAUGCAGCUUGCUACAGAAAAUCGUGGGGGCGCAAAAAACUUCUGGUGAAGGAGGAGCAAGGUUAUUUGUCCUACGUGUACUGCUGUUAUUUCCGAUGCAUGUGAGGUUAUUAACAGCACAUCACAUUGCGAAGAAGAAUUAUGGAACGAUAGAAUGAAGAGCCUAUGAUUCGCGCCGGAGAGCUCAAAGGAUGCAUGCGUAGAUUUCAUUGGGUGAUAAAAGUGAACAAAGGUAGUGAAGCAUUAAUAAUGCACGCCCAACGAUCU